AUGUUUCUAUAUCUUGAAGAGUUGAGUCGUACCUACAAGCGUCAAAUGGAACGUCUUUUUCGGUCCUUCAAUCUCACCACUACUUGGCUUCAAGCCGUAGCUGAAUCAGCUGAGGCGCGUGAGCGCCAGCAACAUGUAUGCUUUUUUAAUAUAAAGUUUGCCUUGUUCACUUUAGCUCGAUUUAAUUAG